AUGUCUUCAGCACCUCAGCCUCCAGAUUUACCACAUGAAGCACCCAAAGAGAAAGACUAUCGAACUCCUGGAUUCCGAAGUGUCCGAACUACCACCUUAUUCCGUGCUGUGAACCCAGAACUUUUUAUUAAACCUGUAAGAAGCUUGUUAAGAAAAAGCCAUGAUACGUGUGUGUGCAUUCAUUAUACAGUGGUACCUUGAGUUACAGAUGCUUCAGGUUACAUACGCUUCAGGUUACAGACUCCGCUAACCCAGAAAUAGUACCACGGGUUAAGAACUCUGCUUCGGGAUGAGAACAGAAACUGUGCUCCGGCGGCACGUCAGCAGCGGGAGGCCCCAUUAGCUAAAGUGGUCUUCAGGUUAAGAACAGUUUCAGGUUAAGAAAAGACCUCCGGAAUGAAUUAAGUACAUAACCCAAGGUAUCACUGUAUUACAUAUUACAUUUAAUUAUAGAUUGGGCUUUUUUUAUUAUUCACAAGCAGCACUUGCUUUGAUAGAAAGAAAUGACGCUGGUAACUAGCUAAUCAUAAGUGUGUGGCAUAUUUGGAGGUGGGGGGAAGCCAAACUAUCUCCAGUGUGUUUUUUCAUGUUCACAGAAUGGGCAAAUUGUUAUGGUGUAUGUACAUUCAUGAUCUAAUAACUAGCUACUGUCUACAUUAAAGCAUUUCAUAAAUACCGGUACAUGUUUUGACUAUGGAGUUGGGUAAACUUCAUUAAAUCUAUGAAGCAAAGUGGAGUUAAGUGCACCAAGUUUUUGGAUGCAAUAGUUAUGUUGUUGUUGUUGUUUAGUCGUUUAGUCGUGUCUGACUCUUCAUGACCCCAUGGACCAGAGCACGCCAGGCACUCCUGUCUUCCACUGCCUAUACUUAAAAAGAGCAAUGACUAUCAGGCAAAUGGUCUCCUGUGACUGUUUAUUUAUUAGAUUUAUAUCCCACUAUUUCAUGAGUUCAGAGUUGACUAUAGCAGUUUUUCCACAUACAAAAACUUCAUCCCCAAGUGUCAUGCAAUCAAAGUAAUUAAAAUGUCUGAGGGAUAAAAGAAGUCAAAUCAGUCUACAUUUUUACUUUUUAUAUAUGUUGAAUUGUAAUAGUAGUUAAACAGUUUGAUUCUGUACGUUUCCAUUCCCCAUACUGAAAGCUGAACAAAAAUGAAGAAGUAACUGAAAAGUUGAUAGCCCCCACCCACCUGUGCACACACAUAUGUUUGUAUAUGAAUUGGAUUAAGUACAAUAUUUUGGAUUUAAAUACUAGUAUGUAUUUUUUCUUAUCUUCACAGAACAAACCAGUUAUGGCUUUUGGGCUUGUAACAAUUACUCUUUGUGUAGCCUACAUUGGAUACUUGCAUGCACAACAAGAGAAUAAAAAAGAUCUUUAUGAAGCUAUUGACAGUGAGGGAAAGCGACAUAUGAAGCGGAAGACUUCUAAAUGGGACUAA